GACGAGGACGUAUCCGAGGCGGCAGUCGCAGCGCGUCACGUGCGCGCCGAACAGCGCGAGCGAAGCCGCUACGCUCGCAAGCCGCGCCGCCGCCACGCGCCCGACGCGCCAGACGCCCAGCCUGAGCCGCCGCCAACCCAGCCUGAGCCGGUGCCGCCGCCGCCGCAAACGCCGCACGAGACGGUUCGGCCGUACUCGCCGCGGCGCUUCCCGCUGCCCGACGCGGCCUACCAGGCCAUGGUGGCGUGCAUGCCCGACGGACACCUGCCGCCCGCGCCCGACAGCCCGCAG